CCGCUAUAUCCGUCCUGUGUCUCCGAACGCUGGGGAGAAGAUGAACCUGCCUCCGUCAGCUAGGUAAAGAGAUGACCUGGCACGGAAAGUCUCAACAGCAUGCUGAGGAGACGAAACCUUCUCACUACACUGCUCAUCGUCCUACCAUGGGCCCUACUCCUAACACUGUGGCAUCAGCACCCCACCAGCCGCUACCUCACCCUGCUAAGAAAGGACACAGGUGACAAUUCUACAGUCAGACCCCUUUUCAACAAUGUGACCCAGAGUAAAGAGGACUCUCUUCAAUGUGUCCACCAGCACUCCACCCGAGAAACCCCCGUAGUUGUUCGGACAUACCUCUAUUCUCGACCCCCACCCUGGAAUGAGGAGCUCCCUGUUAUCUAUGUCAUUACACCCACCUACACACGGCCGGUCCAGAAAGCCGAGCUGGUUCGACUAGCCAACACCUUUCUGCAUGUCGUCAAUUUGCACUGGAUUGUGGUUGAAGAUUGCCCAAGGAAGACCAAACUGGUGGCCAACCUGUUGGAGAAUGCCAGGCUCAACUUUACCCACCUGAACAUCGAGAGCCCACAUAAUCAAAAAGUGGGCUUAUCUAGAACCCCUUCACACACCCCAAGAGGAACCAUGCAGAGGAACCUGGGCCUACGAUGGCUUAGAGAUAACAUCAAUGCUUCCAACCCUCCUGAAGGAGUGGUCUACUUUGCUGAUGAUGAUAACACCUACAGCCUGGAACUUUUUGAAGAGAUGCGGUACACACGAACAGUCUCUGUGUGGCCGGUGGCUUUCGUGGGGGGUCUACGGUUCGAAUCCCCGAGAGUCAGCCCGGCGGGCAGGGUAGUCGGCUGGAAGACGGUGUUUGACCCCAACCGCCCGUUUGCCAUCGACAUGGCUGGCUUCGCCAUCAGCCUUCGUCUCAUUCUGGAAAGGCCCUAUGCCAACUUCAAGCUGGAGGGGGUGAAAGGCGGCUACCAGGAGACCAGCUUGCUGAAAGAUCUCGUCACCAUGGAUGGGCUGGAAGCCAAGGCGGCCAACUGCACUAAGGUUUUGGUCUGGCACACAAGGACUGAAAGACCUACGCUGGUCAAUGAAGGGAAAAGAGGAUUUACCGACAUGAACAUUGAAGUGUAGACAUGGAGCUUACCGCUGCGUAAUCUGUCCAUGUCGCACUAUUUCUAUCAAGAUACAGAAGGAUUACGUUUACUAAAGACUGAUUUUACAGUGUUAUUCUUACAAAAUAAAUAUCGUGGGAUUACUUUGUGGAUGCUUCAGUUCGCAUUUUUCAAAAAAAAAAGAC